GUGGCUGCAAAACUGUCAUUCAUGGCAUCCAGCGUCACUUCUGGAAGUUGUUGAAACUUCCUUCUUAGAAAUGAGCCCCGGCCUUCCUCUUUCAAAAUCAAACCUUCCUUCUCCAGUCUGCAUGUGCCGUUCAACUCAGAAACCACGAUGGACUUGAUGAGCAAUGUUCUUGAUGGCCCAGUCUUUAACUACACAACAGUUACGACUCCAUUAAAUGUCACCCAAUGCCUGCCCCAGAAGCUGAAUGUUGUUCUCCCCAGCCUUCUCACCAUUUUCUUCAUAGUCGGUUUCACCCUGAACUGUCUGAGUCUCUGGAUAUUUUGGUUCCAGAUCAAGAAAUGGAACUCCGGGAUGGUCCUGCAGUUCAACCUGGCCGUGGCUGACGCCAUCAUCACACCAGCUGCACCCUUCAUCGUCCUGUACUCCCUGUCAGACGACUGGGUCUAUGGACAGUUUCUCUGCCAAAUGAAAGUCUACCUUCUCAGUGUCCACAUGUAUGGGAGUAUAAGCUUCCUCACUGUCAUCAGCAUUCACAGGUACAUGACUGUUGUCCAUGGAACCAAGAAUCCACGCUUUGCAGAUGUGGACUUUGUCAAAAAGCUCUGCUUGUUUGUUUGGGUCUUCCUCAUUCUUCAAGGACUUCCGUUUUUUGGCAUCUUGAAGACUUCCUAUAUAAACAACUCCACUAAAUGUCUCAGUUUCCACCAGAAUGACAUGGCCGAACUCUAUUUUGUGUACAAUGUCACGGUGCUGAUUGUCGGCUUGAUGGUGCCCUUCUGUGUAUGCUUCAUAUGCUACACCCUGCUCAGCUCAUUUAUCUCCAAGAUAAACACUUGCAACUUAAAAGGAGAGGUGAUGAAAGCCAAGUCCACCCAAAUGAUUGCCGUUUCGCUCUUCAUCUUUACCAUCUGCUACAUCCCGGUUCACAUCACCAGGACGAUGGGAGUUACCGUGAAGCUCUUCUUUCCUUUUCACUGCACCUUACUGGAAAAGACUGAAAUUGCUUAUUAUAUCACAUACACCUUAUCAGGAGCCAACUGUUGCUUGGAUCCUAUUCUCUACUGCUUUGCCUCAAAAAAAUUCAAAACAUCAUUUAACAGUUAUUUCAGCAACUUAAAAGUGUCCUGCCCUGGAUGUGACUCCAUGUUACGAAAGAAGGAUGAGCUGCCAACACCUUCCUUUAAUAUGACCGACUCAUCCCAGGUGAUAUAAGCCUCUGCAAUGGACACGACUCUCAGACUCUGAAUUGACGUGACACAUGGUGACUUGGACUUGAUAGAUGACCACAAUGGACUCCACAGACUGAGACCUGAACCUGACAGACUGUGACUUAGACAAUAAUCUGGGAUUGGAUGUGACAGCUGGCCACUUGGGCUCAACCCUUUGUGACUUGGGCUGUGUAGAUGGUGAUUCAGACUUGAAGAUUUGUGACUUGGACCAGAUUGAUCUGACAAAUUGUUACUUGAAGUCUUGAAGUUUAUGACUCGACCUGUCAAACUGUGAUUUACACUCAACAAACUCAAACAAUGCACUCCUGUUCAGAAAUAUACAGUAUGACUAGGAUUGUGUCUUAAAUAUAACAAACUGCGAUUUGGACUUGACUGUCACUAAGGCUCCAUAGACUGAGACUUGACUCGACAGAAUGGGACUCAAGUCAUCAGUUAAUGAUGUUAACUGGCAUCUGAUGUGUCAGGUAGUGACGUGGACUUGAUACUGUAGAUUGUGGACCAGACUGUCACUAUUCUCUGGGUUGUUUAGUAUUAAUCUCACUUGUUCUAUGUAUUGUUUACUUAUUUAUACUAUUUUUUUUGUUGUUUUUGUGAUGUCAUUUUCACAAUCAUUGCCAUUUUGUCAUUUUUUUGCUGCAGCAGUUGCAUGGCUUCUGAGAUCUUGACACCACUGGUAUGAAACAUUGGAUCUUUGGAAAUUACCAGGAAUGUUUAUUAAAUUCAUCUUCUCUCGCCCUUGAAGAUUAACACACACACACACAAAUACACACACAUACACACAGCAAUCCCAGCCAGACAAAGUCUUGAGUGGUGCCAAGUGCCAGUCACUCUGCAGUAUUCUGUGUUAAAUUCUCUGUAUAGGGGCUCACCAUCACCAGAGCUAACAAACAUGCUGGUGUCAUUGUGACUCAUAUAGAAGCACAAUUCUUUUGUUUCUAUGCCUCUUACUAACCAAACCAGGUCUUGAGUUUACCGCAGUUGUUCUAAUUAUUGAGGAGCGACCUCAGUAGCCUUGAUAAACCCUGUGAAGGAAAAAUUAGCCACUAACUCACACUUGGUACCUUUUAUUAUCUCAAUUACUCUUUAUAAAAGGCAAAGCAUAGAAAAUACAAAAACAAUUUGGCAUUUAUUAAUAUAUAAUAAUACCAAAUAGAAGAAAAUAAAACAGAAAAUAAAUUAGAUAGCAAAUUCUGGAAAUUAACAGCCUCUGAAAAUCAGAAGUGUCAAGGGGUUGAUGUCCUGAGCAGCUUUUGGUUUAACAAUCGGCGUUGCUCAUAGUGACAUUUUCUUAUUUCCAGAUCA